CUCGCGGGUUUCGGCCCCUUGAGCCCGCCCUCCAGCGCUCUGGAAAGUCAUCUGCGAGCUUUUGUUUUUUUUAAAUGUACAUUUUCGCCGGGCGUGCUGGUGUACGCUCUUAAUCCCAGCGCUGGGGAGGCAAAGACUCGAGUCCAUCUAUCCUGUAAAUCAUAGACAUCUGUAAGGAAGUAUAUCAUUAAGAAACAGUUGGGUGUUUUGAAAAAAUUUGGAAGACUUACUAUGAGUGUAAGCACUUCAAGUAAUACCACUGCAGGGGAUGCCCAAAGAUUGAAGAAUACUUCAUUGGAUGUAAAACAAAUGCUAAAGAGCGAAGCAGAGUUAGAUAUUACUGCAGAUCUCAGAAAGAAACUCCAUCGGGCUAAGAAAGAAAAAUUAGAAAUGACUACUAAGCACAAUGCUGAGUUGUCAAGCUAUGAGAGCCAGAUUGCUAGACUGAGGUCUGAAGUUGAAAAAGGAGAAGCAUUGAGACAAAGUCUGGAAUAUGACCUGGCUGUUGUUCGAAAGGAAGCUGGUCUUGGAAGACGGGCUGCUGAGGAAAGAUUAGCUGAGGCACAGAGGAUCCAAGAAAAGCUCUGUGCUCAGAACUCAGAGCUUCAAGGAAAGGCAAAUGAGACCGAGAAAGCAUUUCAGACUUCCCAACAGAAAUGGAAAGAAGAGUGUAGAAGGUUUGAACAUGAUUUGGAAGAGAGAGACAAUAUAAUUCAAAAUUGUAACCGAGAAUAUGAUUUACUCAUGAAGGAAAAAAGCAGACUAGAAAAAGCCCUACAGGAAGCGCUGGAGAAACAUCAGCAAGAGAAGCGUGAGGUGGAGUCUCAUAUCAGGGAAACAGCGCUGGAAGAGUUUAGAUUACAAGCAGAACAAUGGGAAGCAGAAAGAAGAGAGUUACAAUUUAUAGUACAGGAGCAAGACAGUGCUGUCCAAAAUAUGCAGAAAAAAGUGGAGCAGUUAGAAACAGAACAUAUGGACUGCUCUGAUCUUUUAAGGCGACAAACAACAGAACUUGAAUUUAGCACUCAAAGAGAAGAACGUCUUCGAAAAGAAUUUGAGGCAACGACUCUGAGAGUAAGGAAAUUAGAAGAAAAUAUCGAAGCAGAAAGGGCAGCACAUUUGGAGUCAAAAUUUAAUUCUGAAAUUAUUCAGUUACGGAUUCGAGACCUUGAAGGAGCUUUACAAGUGGAAAAAGCCAGCCAAGCAGAAGCUGUUGCUGAUUUGGAAAUGAUCAAGAAUGAAUUCAAAGAAGUUGAAAGUGCAUAUGAGAGAGAAAAGCAAAAUGCACAAGAAAGCUUUACAAAACUCAAUUUAUUAGAAAGAGAGUAUGCCACCAAAAACAAGAAACUAAAUGAUGAGAUUGAAGAACAGAAGAAAGUAAUUAUGGACCUUUCAAAGAGACUCCAAUAUAAUGAAAAAAGUUGCAGUGAAUUACAGGAGGAACUUGUAAUGGGUAAGAAGCACCAAGCCUUCCUGGUAGAGACAUGUGAAAAUAACGUGAAAGAAUUGGAAUCAAUCUUGGACAGCUUUACUGUGUCAGGCCAGUGGACAUCAGGCAUCCACAAGGACAAGGAUAAACCUCCUAGCUUCUCUGUUGUCCUUGAGACUUUGAGGCGUACCUUGACAGAUUACCAGAACAAGCUGGAAGAUGCAUCUAAUGAGCUAAACAGCAUAAAAGAUGCCAAAGAAAAGGCAUUUAAUGAACUUGGUUGUACCCAACACAAACUCGAGUCUCAUACUAAAAAUAUAAAGGAGCUUCAAGAUAAACUGUCUGAUGUCCACAAAGAGCUAAGUCAUUUGCGCACCAAGUGUGCAGACCGAGAGGCUUUGGUGAGCACUCUGAAGGUGGAGCUACAAAAUGUGCUACACUGUUGGGAGAAAGAAAAGGCCCGAGCAGCCCAGUCUGAAAGUGAACUACAAAAACUUUCCCAGGCUUUCCAGAAGGACACAGAGUUUGUCUUUUUUUUCUUGCAGGAGAAGCUAACCUUUCUCCAUACAUUGUAUCAACACUUAGUAGCAGGAUGUGCACUCAUAAAACAACCAGAAGGCAUGUUGGCUAAAUUCUCUUGGUCUGAGCUCUGUGCAGUCUUGCAGGAGAAUGUUGAUGCCCUCAUUGCAGACCUCAACAGGGCUAAUGAGAAGAUAAACCACCUAGAGUAUAUCUGUAAAAAUAAAUCUGACACAAUGAGAGAGCUUCAACAGACCCAGGAAGACACCUUUAACAAAGUGGCAGAGCAGAUCAAAGCCCAAGAGAGUUGCUGGCACAGACAAAAGAAAGACCUGGAACUGCAAUAUUCUGAACUUCUUCUGGAGGUGCAGAGGAGGGCACAGAAAUUCCAAGAAAUUGCAGAAAAAAAUAUGGAAAAAUUAAAUCGUAUUGAGAAGUCACAUGAACAGUUGGGUCUUGAAAAUUCUCACUUCAAAAAUGUGUUGUCAAAGAAUCAGAAGGAACAAAUGUCGUUGCUGGCAGCCUGUGCACUGAUGGCUGGUGCAUUAUAUCCCCUCUAUAGCCGAUCGUGUGCCUUAUCCACACAAAGAGACUUUCUCCAGGAGCAAGUCAACACCUUGGAUGUGUUUAAAUCAGAAAUUAGAACUCUAGCUCAGGCGCUGUCAACAAUAGAUGAAAAGAGACAAGAAGAAGCCAAAAUAAGAAAAAAACCAUUCAAGGGACUGAUACGUUUAUUCCGGAAAGGUGUAAUUGCCAUUUUGGCAGCAAACAGACUCAAGAUUUUGGGCCAGUCCUGUGCCUCUUUUUUUACCUGGAUGGAAAGUUUUAAAGAAGGCAUAAGCAUUUUAGUGUGCACAGGAGAGCCCAAAGACAAGUGUAAAUUUCCAAAACAUCAAAAGGAACAAUUACGUUGCUUACAAGCACACAGUUGGCUCACCAGUCCUGACCUUCUUGCUGCAAUAAUCAGUUCUAUGGCUGAGUUGCAAGAAGUCAUUAGUAAAACAGAUCCAAAUUCCAGAAUUUGUGGACAUUUACUUAUAGGUGCAGCCAAGAAUUCCUUUGCAAAACUAAUGGAUAAAAUUAGUCUGGCAAUGAAAAGCAUAUCUAUGAACUGUGGCAGGAGUAUUACAUAUGUGGAAAAAGAUUCCCUUGUUCAGAGGCUGGCUCGUGGACUCCACAAACUAAACACAUUGGCUCUGAAACAUGGUUUGCGUGGCCAUAUGCCCAUUAUGAAAAGCACGGCAUCAUUACAAAAGCAAAUAUUUGGAUUUACACAAAGGCUGCAUGCUGCAGAAGUAGAGCGCCGCUCACUGCGCCUGGAGGUUACAGAAUUCAAACGAAAUGUGAAUGAAAUGAAGAAAGAGCUUGACAAAGCUCAGAACCUCCAAAUUCAGUUAAAUGAAUUUAAACACUCUAAACUGAUCACCCAUGAGAAGUUUGAAAGUGCAUGUGAAGAACUCAAUAAUGCAUUGCUGCGGGAGCAGCAGGCACAGAUGCUGCUGAAUGAACAAGCCCAACAACUACAGGAGUUGAAUUAUAGACUUGAAUUGCAUUCCAGUGAGGAAGCUGACAAAAACCAGACUCUUGGAGAAGCUGUUAAGAGUCUCUCCGAGGCAAAGAUGGAGCUGAGGAGAAAAGAUCAAUCCCUGCGUCAGCUCAACAGACAUCUCACCCAGCUGGAGCAGGACAAGCGUCGGCUGGAGGAGAACAUCCACGAUGCAGAGAGUGCCCUCCGCAUGGCAGCCAAAGACAAAGAAUAUGUUGCUAAUCACAUGAGAACAGUAGAAAAUAUGCUCCAUAAGGUCAGAGAUCAGAUCUCGCUGUCACGGACUGCAGCAAGUAGGAAUGACUUCACCCUGCAGCUACCCAAACUGCACCUGGAGACCUUUGCAGUGGAGGGGCUCAAGGGCGGGCCAGAGGUGGUAGCAUGCCAGGCUAUGAUUAAAAGUUUCAUGGAUGUCUACCAGCUUGCAAGCGCCAGAAUUGCUACAUUAGAGGGAGAAAUGACAUCACAUCGAAACCACAUUGCCACCUUGAAAUCAGAGCUUCAUACAGCUUGUUUACGAGAAAAUGAAAGUUUACAAUCAACAGGAUCACGAGAUCAUUCAAACCUCUCCGUUCCUUCAAGAGCCACUUUUCCUGCAGACACAAUGGGCGGUGAGAAUUUCUUGCCCUUGCAAGCUGAACUUGAUACAACUUACAACUUCUUAAAGGAGACAUUUAUAAAUACUGCACCCCAUUCUCUGACAUCACCUAACUCCUCACCAGUGCUGGCUGCUAAUGUCAAAAGACCAACUCAGAUCGGAUUAUGACUUUAUGAGAUGAAAAAAAAAAAAAAACAGAGGAAGAGUUAAUGGUACAAUUAAAAAUGCUUUGAAUGGGGAUUUCCUUACCAGUUGAAUUUUGUUUCAGUACAUAUGGGGGUGGGUUGUCAAAGAUUACAUGACCUCUUGAUGUUUGCAGGUAUCCCUGUCUCCUGGAAUAGUGAAAGAACCUACUUUUCCUCUCUAAGUUUUAUUUAUGAUCACAGUUGCUCAUUUUUAUGUAACAUACUUUUAAAUGUUAAAGAAUGACACAUUUUGGGUAAUUUCCCGUGGACUUAAAAAAAUCAAUAAGCCAUUUUAGCCUCUAUCUAUCAAAGUUGUUUCAUACUUGUCUAUUUUAAAGUAGGACUGCUAUACUUUAAUAGGAUUGAGAGAGCUAUUUGAAAUGUAUGCCAAUGAUUCCUGUCAUUUCAUGGCAGCCCUGCCAUGGUUCACUGAGCCCCUCUUCUCUCUUGUCAGCUCAACUGAAGACAAGCAUUUAGUUGCAAACUUUAAGCAGGUUGUGCAAAACAGAAAUGAUGUGACUGCUUUCUCCUCCUGCACAAUAAUGUCACUCCUGGUCAAUGUGAGAAGGUCAGGGUGUGCCUUGUAAAGCUACAUGAUACCACUUGCCCAUUUGAACAAGUUAACUGAUGAAUCUGGUCCCUGCAGGCACUGCAAAUGCGUCCUCUUAUCAAGUCUGCAUUUGAUAGGAAAGUAGAGCAAUUGUGCCGGAGGAUUUCUGUGGUAUGCUUAGGUACUUUAUAAGGACAGUUCCCAUGCCAGUAUAGCACGUAAUAUAUUUAGUAUUAGCUGAAAAACUUCAAGGUAAUAGCUGUCUUGACCUUCAAAAUAGACUCCUUUUUUUUUGUUUUUGUUGCUGGUAGGACCCAAGAGUGACGCCCAUCUUUGAUGCUGACAGAAUUUAAAACAAGGCCAUUGCCCUGCAUUUUCUGCCUUGUAGCACACAAAAGUAAAAUUGUAUGUCAGGCCGAGAUGUCGGGGAGCUGACAAGAUGCCCCAGUGACAUUUCAGCUAGAAAGAGCAAGUGUCUUGCAACCAAGUGGUCAAAUAUCAAAUAAUAGGUCAAGCAGGAAGGAGCUGAGUUCUAACCACAAAGAGGUUUCUGGUAACUUACUUGACAAGCUUUUGGGCGCUUUGUGGCUUGACAAAAUGAUGUUCUGUUGGGUAUCACUAGACAGACUGUUCUUUAUCGCCUUCAGAAGAUCAGACAUUGACAUUGAUUAAACUCUUUAACCCUUAAAGGUUAAGUCCUUGCAGUUUUCAUCAUGGUAAGUGAAGAACAAAAGGAUAUUUGUAAUAUGUAUUUGUUUUAAAUUCAUCAUCUAACUCCCUACUGACAUUAACUUAAUAUGAACUAUAGUUUUUUGACAAAGAAUUUUUAGAUAAAUUUGUAUUUUAUAUUAUUUUUCAUUACAAAAAUUUUCAUUAUGGAUACAUUAGAAAAUAACAGUUUGUAUUGUAGGAUAUACUGGCCCUGGCAGAUAAUAUCUGUAUACUAUUUAUGUUAUUAAACAGAUUAUCCAGUGAUUUCUGUGAUCUGAGGUAACACAACACUGUCACCGUCAUACUGUGUCAAACUCUUUCUUAGGACACUAAACCACUGUAAUUAACUUCGAAUAAAACUCCAGAAAGCUCUUUAUGUGGAGUAAAAAGUAAUUCUUUCCUUGAAAUUCUUAAUAUAUCGUAUGUGGUAUUGCACAUGUGUAACUCAAAUUAUAAACACAGAGUGGCUGUUGCUUUCAUGUAGAUCAUAGAAUUCCUGAACAUUUCUAAACACUUCCAUUUGCCAUUCCCACAAUGUAGGAUAUUCUGCAUAUGGAAAAUGACAUACAGCUUUUUAGCUCACAUGAGCCAUUAAGCUUUUAGUUCUCACACUAGGAAAACAUUGAUACUCUAUGCACUUAUAUGUCUGUGUUGUGUAUGUAUGUUUGUAUCUAAUGCAUUUUAAAUUCUAGUAUUUUUAAAGUAAUAAGUAUACUUGUAAAAUGUGCCUCUGAUGGGCUUUAGUCUGCUUACGUUAAUUUUACAGUCUGUUAAUAG